CAAUAAAUUAUUAAAUUUAGUGCAACAUUAAAUAUAAAAAACGAGUGCGUUGGAGUGGGACUGUGCGUGGAAUUGAGUGCGAUAGGCGAAACGAAACGAAACAAGGGAGAAGCCAUAGAAAGUCAAGCCAACAACAACAGUGAAAGGGGAGGGGGCCAAAGCCAAAAGCCACAAAAAUAUUGAGAAUACAAAUUUAAUGCUAAAAUACGGAUUCUCUGCAAAGGCAUCAACACCAGGAACUUCACUGUACGUGCCACAUAUUAAAUUCCUUUGGUCUGCAGCUGUGACAAAUGAUGGCCUAAAAUGGCGGCUACACCACCAAUGCCGCCCGGAUCAAACAGUUACCAAUUGAAUGGCACCAGCAUCACUAGCAGUAGCCUUCCAGCAGAAGGAAAUACCAGAGGAAGGAGCAGCAGCAACAAUAUAACCGAGGCAAUCCAUCAGCACUUUCUGAGGAAAAAGGACGCCGCUCCAUCGACAAGUCAGAGGAGUCGCUGCGGCAGCUAUGAGCAGCUGGAGCUGCUGGAGCAUUCACAGCCAGCAGCAGCAGAGGCAGCAGCAGAAGCAGAGCCAGAGGCAGGCCGCAAGCAGAGCACGUCCUGCCACUGCACGAACAUUAGUAUCAUGCACCUGUUCCACGAGAUGAAGCAGGAGUUCCCCACGAUACCCGAUGCCAUUGUGACGCAGUGCGUCAGCGAGAAUUGCCAUCAGCGCGAGAACUGUAUACAGAUGUUGAAGAAGGAACUGGCUUUGCAUCCGAUACCUGUCCAGAGCUACCCGGCCAAGGUGUUGCAACAGCAGCAACAGCAACAACAGCAACAACAGAGGCAGGCCAAGCCUCCCACCCCACUAAAGCCGUCGAGAGUGGCACCCGCACAGCCCCCAGAACUGAGUCAGAGUCCGAGCCAGAAUGGGAAUGGGAAUGGCAAUGGCGAGGCCAGCCCCUGCCCCACUCACAGUCCGAGUCCCCAGCCCCGGCAGCGACCAACCACGCUCAAUCUGCAGCGCCAACUGAACGCCCAGCUGCAGCAGAAGAUCCAACAGCGACAGCUGCGGCAGCAGCGCGACCUGCAGCCACCGCAGCUGACGCCCACGUCGCUGAACAAGCCGCUGCGUCGGGCGCCACCCCUGCCGCCGCCACCGGGCCCGCCGCUGGCCCCAAAGCCGAGCUUCUCCAACGAUUCCUCCUGCCUCACCAGCCCCAUGAGCUCCAGCGAAUCGGAAUUCUCACUCAACGCCGUCUCCUUAUCAUCACCGACGUCAGCAACAAGAGCAGCAGUAGCGGCAGCAACGGCAGCGACAGCAACAACGUCUCAACAGGCCUCUCCGGUCCGACACCGUUCAGUCAUCAAUCUGCAGCCGGAACUGCCGUAUGCACGCGAUUUCCUCAGCAACAGCAGUGCCCUCUCGCCAGCGUUGACGCCACCGACGCUGCCCGGCUCCCCAGGCUCUGCCGUCUCGCCCGGUCGCAAGAGCUUCACCUCGCUCAAUCUCACGCUGCGCCAGCCGACCGGCGGCGCCCAGUCCGCGAUCGACAUCACCGCCGGCCCGGCGCCUAGUGGCCAGGGCAGCGGCAUCACCUACUCGAGCGUUAGUUUCGACGCCCGCCGGGGGACGCACAAGAAUUUCCAGCUGACGGUCACCGACGAGGGUAGUGUCUUUAGCGCGGGCUGCAUCCGUCCCCAGGCACCGUACGCUGCCGCCGCGUGUGAGCCGCAGCAGCCAGCAGUUCCUCCGCCACGCCAGCCCCCGUCGGCAGCGGCGGCGGCGUCGCUUCUCUCCACCGAUGGACUUUCACCAUCGGACUGUGACAUGCCGGAAGUAUUCCCCUAUCCCACGCAGGCUCAGAACCACGUUGUCGCCUCCAACUACAACACGAACCAUGCCGCGGAAACUAGCAGCGGCAAUGACAACAGCGGCAACAGCAGCCCCGUCAGCAUGCCCCUCUAUGCGGGGGUCCUGGAGGAGUGCGAUCCUGAAGCUCGAGCAGCGACCAUUGAGCGGCAGAAGCAGCGGCGCGAUAAGCUGGCCAAUGUUUUGCGGGACAACAAGAAGCGACUGCUGGUCCUGGAGCAGGAGAUCAACAUACUGACCGAGCCUGUACCGGUGGGCGAAUCUGAAAGACUGGAUAGAGAUAUCAAGAAACUGACUGAGGACUGCCAGCGGCUGCUCAAUUUGAUCAACGAACCGCAAGCGAGUGGGUCUGGUCCUGCGCCAAAUUCCAUGAAUCGUCAGCUCUCGGCCCCAGCCAACAAUAACCAGCAGCAGCCACAGCCAUUCCCACGUCAACGACAGGCUGGUCGCUCCCAGGCGCCGCCCAGCUCAUUGCGUCUGCACUCUGUGCCGGCCCAGACAACGGGCCCUGAUUUUGUGCAGCACCACAGCAGUGCUCCGACGUCGGCGUGCCUGACGCCCCAGCAGCAGCAGCAACUCCAGCUGCAACAGGAGCCGCCGCCUACGUAUGCCCAGUACUACCAGUUCCAGCAAUAUCUGCAGCAGCAGCGACAGCAGCAGCUCCAACAAUUUCAACUGCAACAGCAGCAGCAGGCGCAGCAGCAACAACAGCAGAUGCCAGUGCAGCGUCCAGUAAACGACGAGGAAGAAUACCUAUCAGACUCGGACGUGGACGAGGAUGAGGAGCCACUUGACAUGUGGGCCUGCAAUAUGUGUACAUUCCGUAAUCAUCCGCAAUUGAAUAUUUGCGAGGCCUGUGAGAACGUUAGGAUCCAGCCGGGUAUGAUACGCAUUAUACCUAGCGGAAGUGGCCCUGGAGCUGCUGAUGGAGCUGCUGGCACCUCCACUGGGAGCCUCGAGCAGCAGCAGCAGCAACCGCAGCAGCCCCAGCAGCCAUAUGCCUUGCAUACAUAACCCAUCCAGAAUCGGAAUGCAAAGUUCUCCUAACAUGCAUGCGCUCGCUUUUGAUUGCUUACCCAACAGCCUGCAUGUGUCCCGCUGAUAAUGGUGGACUUUGAAACUGUGAUAGCAUUUAAAUUAGUAUCGUGUGGCCCUGGCCCUGGGACCGGCUCGAUAAAUUGGGGCUCUCAACCUGAAAGACAUGUCCUAGCUAGCCCCUUCAAUUUAUGAUUUAUUUAUAUUGCAAGUGCCUCAGCAACAGCAUUACGUUAACGAUAGAAUUAACAGCAACAGUUGCAUAGCUCUAAGCAAUGAAACGAAACAAAGUUUAUUAUUUUUAGCAACUUGAUCAAUAAAGAACGUUAUUUAAAUAUUUAAA